CAAUUUUGGUUUCCAAUUAGUUUGAGUACAAUUCGAAGCAUACGAUAAGUUUGUUACGUUAUCAGAUGCAUCAACAAUAUCCAAGAUAAGAAACAAGCAAGAUGAAAAUGAGCACGAAAAUUGAUUAUUUGGCAUUGAAGUGUAGAGUAGAGCAGAACAAACCCCCAACAUUCUAUAGUCGGGUCAGUCAGAGCAAGAUGUUUUCGAUCUUCCAACAAAUGAAAUCAAUGGAUGCCAAUCGGUAUGCCACCAAGAAGACCAUUGCCCAGGGCAUGCUGGAUAUUGCAUUGCUGACGGCAAAUGCCUCCCAAUUGAAGUAUAUACUCCAAGUUGGCGAACAGCAUCAGUUCUAUAAGCUAAUGCUGAUUCUGAUCAGCCUGUCGAUUGUGUUGCAGAUAUUGUCCGGCAUACUGAGUUUGUCGCUGAGUUUACUAAGGGACUGUCGACUGCACCAGCCGGAGUUCCACCAAUCGGCCAAUGUGAUUAAUCAUGUGCGCACCGCAUUUGCUUUCUUUACGACAAUGAUAAAUCUAUUUAUCUCGGCCUUUGAUAGUCGCCUGCCCCCCAUUCAGGGCGACCUUCUCAAUGUGAAUUGAAUUUCCUACUAAAUCAACAUAUCCAUCUAUCUAUCUAUUGUAUGUUCUUCAUCAUCGAACAGCUUUUGGUUGGAAUUCUGUUUGUGGCCAUCGGGAGUUUAAAUAUUAACAAGCAAUCAGAUCAAACGGCUGCAAUUAUCUUGAACGAUGUAAUAUUGGUGGUAAUCUUUGUGAUAUCGGUGGUGAAUGUAAUAAUAUCCGGUUUCGGAAUCGAGUAUUCAUCCCAACCGCUUAGACUCAUCGAUACACAUGCUAAAACCCCGUAAAACUAAGAACUAAACCAAUCCAGCGAUUUAUCGAGUUAAAACCAUAAAAUAUUUUUAAAAUUAAUUACAUGUUUAAGUUUUCAAGACAGAAAAAGAGAAAUAAAUAAAUGUUUACCCUA